AUGAACCCUGUGGAUGAGAGUCAAAUGGUGCCAGUCUACAACAUCGAGACUCCCAGGAAGAACAUCCAGUUGGUUAUCGUCCCAAACAGAACCGCGAGAAAUCCCCACAACUGCCCACAGAGGCCAGAUGCGAAUCACCACUCUUCGCGGCAGAGACUCGGUGAUGAUGCGGAGAUGGUCCAAGAAAUCGAUCAGCUGAUCGCGUUUCGCCAGUCGCGGGCCAAGGACUUUGAUUAUUUGCCACACCCGGCCGUUGCGCGAGGAUUCUUUGCGGACUUUGGAUUUCGUGGGCUUUCUAUUCGACAUUUUGCACCAAUGGAUGUGAAAGUGGAGCGUGACAAUCUUAAGAGUUACGAUAUGACAGAUUUCUCGGCGAAAAACAAUACUCCCGAGCCACAAGAGCCAAAAGAUCUCGCCGACGUUGUAGCGGCGCUGGAAGUGCUGUCCCUGUUGGUGAAUGAGAUGUACACACAAGUUGUAGCAGAUUUGGUCGACGCGGCCGGACGUUUUCUGCUGACUCUGCCCGCACAGAGUAUACGAACCCACUUCCAGCUCAAUCACGAGUCCUACGCACGAGUGGUUCAACGUGUCACCAGCCUCAAGGUGGAAGCAGCUCUAAAGUUGUCAGCCUCCAGAAAACCAUCGUCUCGCAUGAAGAAGGCCAAAGCGCGCACAACAAUCCGCGGUGCCCGACAAGGGCACGGAGUUCCCGUUCCCCCGAAGGUGGUGGCAGCGCUUCUGAUUCGUAAAGGCAAGAAGUUGUGCAUGAAAAAAGGUUUUGUCUAUCGAAAGAUGCCCUGGUCGGUCGGUUGGCCCAAGGAGGAUUUAAUCCCCGAAGUGCGAGAUGUUGUACCGUUGCAAAGUAAUUGCAAGUCGGUUCAGGGGUCUAAUGAAUCUCGUUGCCACGGCGUCGGCAGAAAGGAGCGUGGACAUGAGAUGCGGACUGUCGUUUCAGGGGAACUUCAAAUAUUCCUGACGGGUCAACAGCGCCGCUACACGCUGACGCUCCUAGCAAGUGAGAGAGGUUUAGGCCCUCAGCGCCACCGCGCGCGAGAUGGUCUCGCCUCGAUCAUGAAGCACUAUGGAGUGGCUCCACCAACGGAUGCGCCGGCUUGGGGUUUGAAAAACAGAUCGAGGUUAUACCAGAUUGACCGGGCCAAGCAGUAUGCGUACUGCGCGCUACUUCGACGAUCGAAAAUGGGCCUUCCUUACCUUAUUCGUUUGGUUCGUGGAGAAACCUCCCAAGCUCCACGUCCAAACAAAGGCCCUGACUAUUUCCGAUCAUAUUCCUUGUUGAAAAACAUACAAGUACAAAGACGAAUGGCGCGACAUUGUGACGCAAGUCGUCAGGCCAAAAUGGUUUACAACGUUUUCAAGCCAAACUCGGCCUCCACAGAAUCAUGGCUCUGCAUUGCUAGCUCUUAA